GAGUUGAGCCGAUCAGCAGCGAGCUGAUGGAGUGCCAUGAUGUCGCCGUCUCGUACCUGAGCUGGGUUCUGAUCGUGGGGGGCGUGGCCUACCUGCUUCGUCAGAGGCGGAAGUGCGCGCCGUACGGCAGGUACAGCCUGGCGGGGGGGUUCUGCUGCCCGGCCCGACUCGGGUGGUUCCUGCAGGAGGUGCCAGCCUUCCUGCUGCCGCUGCUGCUGCUGCUGCUGCCCGAGGAGGAGCUCACCGAGCCGGGGAGGGGCGGACGGAGCACCGGGAGGACGCUGCUGCUCUGCACCUUCGUGCUGCACUACUUCCACAGGAGUUUAAUCUACAGCUUCCUGAGCAGAGGGCGACCCGUCCCGCUGUCCUUCGUCCUGUACGCCGCCGUCUUCUGCUCGCUCAACGGCUUCCUGCAGGGACACCACCUGCUGCACUGUGCACGCUUUGAGCACACCUGGCUCACACACGCUCGCAUUGCUGCAGGUCUGGUUUUGUUCGGGGUCGGGAUGGUCAUCAACAUCCACAGUGACCACAUCCUGCGGAGCCUCAGGAGACCGGGAGAGACCGCCUACAGGACCCCUCAUGGAGGAAUGUUUCACUUCGUGUCCGGAGCUAAUUACUUCGGAGAGAUCGUGGAGUGGUUCGGCUUCGCCUUGGCGGCGUGGAGUUUACCGUCAUUCGCCUUCGCUCUGUUCACCGCCUGCUCCAUUGGACCCAGAGCCUGUCACUACCACAGAGAUUACCUGCAGAGGUUCGAGGACUACCCCCCCUCCAGGAAAGCUCUCAUCCCGUUCAUCCUGUGAGGACGGGAGAGAGAGUCGACGAUGAAGGAAUCGCUUCCUGUGCCUCUCCAAACACCUGGUUUCUGUAUGUUUUCUGUCUAUGUAUACAACGAGUUAUCUGGUGUCAUGUUCCUGAAUGUUUAGUUUACUCUGAAGCUGUGGUCUGUCUCUCUGCAGAUUCAUGUUUCAUGUUUGUAUUAAAACUCUAAGACGACAUCGUCCUGAUUCAAGACAAACUGAUGACUUGUACAUUUUUCUGAUCGAAGGGAGAAUAAAGGUCGGGUGAUGUUGUUUGA